AUGGCUUCAGGCGUUAUGGAUCUGGAUGAAUAUUUGGAGAAGGUGACCGAGGUGCGGCAGGACACGGAAAAGUUGAUGGAAAUGGUAGAGGAAGCUUUGGAAUCUGUGAAAAGAUCCAUGGAAGAUGCUAAAAUAUGGUCACAGCAAAUGGCAGUACGAUACCCUGAGAGCUCAGAGCUCAGGAUGAUGGAGGAAGCAGAAACGUCAAGAAAACGAAGUGCAGAAAGAUCGGAAGAUGGGAAUGAGGUGGUUCCAGUGAAAAAGUGA